AUGGUCCAGAUGCCCGGUCUUGGCAAGCACAUCUCCGUGCAAACUGGACCCCAGGCUCCUCCCCCAGACACCAAAAACUGGAUGCGAGCCAAUCAUCUUCUCCGAUGCCAGUCCCCAUACUUCUCCGACAUACGUGUCAUGUACUUCAAUGGACUUGCGCGAUGCAGCAGCUGCAAUGAACAGGGGGCCAGUCUGCCCCUCCUCGAUUUGGCCCCACCCUUUGCAAGUCCGGCGCUGGCCGUCGCAAGUGGAAUUGGGAACUCUUACCUAGGAUGGGGCGCAUCUUGUCCAGUGCCAAACCAGAAUGCGCUCCACAAACUCGACGACGCAUGA